AUGGCUCGCAAAGCUGCGCAGAAAGCCCCUGUGGCCUCUCCCCUUGAUGGAUGUACCGUCGCCGCGUCUGGUCGCUUCCCCAGUGGAGUAACUCAAUCGGCACUACAGGCGCGUCUAACGUCACUCGGCGCCACAUUCGCGUCAAGCGUAUCAGCAGACACGACCCAUCUCAUCGCAACUGAGAAAGAUUUUGAGAGCAAUUCUACCAAAGUCAAGGCUGCAGCCGCACACAACGUGCCAGUUGUCACGCUUCAUUGGCUCGAUGAAUGCGAAACGACAGAUUCCAAGUUCGAUGAGUCGCCAUAUCUGCUGUCUUCUGCUGCUGUGGCACCAGCCCCAGUCCCUGCUCAGAACGGGUCGAAGAAGCGCGCAGCGUCAUCUGCCUCACCACCUGCAACUGCGCCGGCGGAGACUAAGAAGCCCAAAAUCAAGGAAGACGCGAAAGUCGGCGAUGGCCAAAAUGCUAAAUCCAAGCAAAUUGCCAUUUCUGUAGACGAGUUCUGCCCUCUAGCCAACUACCAAGUCUAUAUCGACAACAGCGAUGGCACCAUCUACGACGCGUCACUCAAUCAAACAAACUCAGGCGCAAACAACAACAAGUUUUACAAAGCCCAGAUUCUCACUAAUGGCACCAAAUAUCAAACCUGGACACGAUGGGGACGUGUCGGUGAUCGUGGUCAAAUGAAAAUGCUCGGAAACGGAAGUUUUGACGACGCCAUGAGGGAGUUUGAGAAAAAGUUCAAGGACAAAUCUGGUCUCAGAUGGGCAGACCGUGGCGACGAGCCAAGAGCUGGCAAAUAUGCUUAUGUGGAGCGAUCCUACAACCCUGACUCGGACGACGACGAAGAUGAUGCUGACGCUGGCACUGCUUCCGGAGACAUGGACACCAAUGAUAGCGCUCCACCUGCUGAAAGCACCUUGUCUCGUCCCGUCCAGGAUCUCAUGAAGCUCAUUUUCAAUCAAGACUACUUUAACGCAACCAUGAGUGCGCUCAACUACGAUGCCAACAAGCUCCCACUAGGCAAGCUGAGCAAAGGUACUAUCGCUCGUGGUUUCCAAGCACUGAAGGACCUUUCGGUGUUGAUCGACAACAACGAUGCUACGUCUAGAGACGAGGUGGAACGCCUGUCAAACCAAUACUUCUCCAUCAUUCCCCACGCGUUCGGUCGUAAUCGUCCACCAGUCAUUCGAGACAUCAAUCUGCUUAAGAAGGAGAUUGAGCUACUCGAGAGUCUUUCGGACAUGAAGGAGACGGCUGCUAUGCUCAAGGAUCAAUUGAAGGACAAGAGCGACGUCAACAAGCUUGACAAGCAAUUCCAGGGAUUGGGCAUGAACGAGAUGUCGCCUCUGGAUCACAAGAGCCGCGAGUUUGUCGAGAUCGACGAGUAUCUCAACAACUCAAAGGGCAAGACGCACAAUGUCAGCUACAAGGUCCAAGAAAUCUUCCGCAUUGAACGUCAAGGAGAAUUUGAACGCUUCGAUAAGAGCAAGUACUCGAAAAUUGCCAGCAAUCGUCGUCUACUCUGGCACGGAUCUCGUGUUACAAACUAUGGUGGUAUUCUGGGUCAAGGUCUCAGGAUUGCCCCACCUGAAGCUCCCGCCACUGGAUAUAUGUUUGGCAAAGGUAUCUACCUUGCGGAUAUGUCUUCCAAGUCCGCCAACUAUUGUGCUUCAUACAAUUCCGGAGGUACUGCUUUGCUUCUCCUCUGUGAAGCUGAACUUGGUAACCCCAUGCACGAGCUUACCGAUGCAUCGUACACUGCUGGAGAGGAUGCUAUCAAGAAGGGCAUGUACAGCACGUUCGGUAUGGGACAGACAGGUCCGAGUAAAUGGAAGGAUGCAAGUUGCAUGAACCCAGCCUUGAAGGGUUGCAUGAUGCCUGACGUAUCAACACCGCCUGGUCCUACCAACGUACCCAACGCGUACCUGCAGUAUAACGAGUACAUCACCUAUGAUGUUGCGCAGGUCAAGCUUCGCUACCUACUCCGCGUUCAGAUGUAG